GUAAAACUGGAAGGUAAAUUAGAAAAGGUUGAUAAGUAAAUGGAGGGAGUAAUAAAUCAAUUAAAUUAAGGUGGUAUGUUUUGCCCCAUUUGCCUUUAUUUUAUCCACAAAGAGCAUCCUUAUCUAUUAUCCAUUUUAAUUUUACACACAAAAAAACCCGAAGUGAAAAAAAUGGCGGCAUCAGCUUUUUCUUCUCUUCUUGUGCACUCAACAGCUACCACUUUCUACAAUGCUGCUCAAUUUCCGGUUCAUUCCCUUCCAUUUGGACCGGCCGGAAAUAACCCUAAAAUCCGGUUCAAUAAAUUGACCGUCAAUGCCUCAUCGGGAAUCGUGCUGGUUGAUAAAAGUGAAGCUGAUAAAGUUAAUCGAUUGAAAAAUAAUUACCUCGAAAAGAUUGUGCCUUUGUUGAAAGAAGAAUUCAACUACACCAAUAUUCACCAGGUACCGAAGGUCGAAAAGAUUGUGGUAAAUUGUGGCAUAGGAGAUGCUGCACAAAACUCCAAAGGUUUGGAUGCAGCAAUGAAUGAUUUGGCAUUAAUCACAGGGCAAAGGCCUGUGAAGACCAGGGCUAAGAAUGCAAUUGCUACUUUCAAGAUUAGAGAAAAUCAACCGCUUGGAAUUGCUGUUACACUACGAGGGAAUGUGAUGUACUCGUUUCUUGACCGGUUAAUUAAUCUGGGGCUUCCUCGAACGAGGGACUUUCAAGGUGUAAACCCCAAUAGCUUCGAUGGUCAUGGAAAUUAUAGCAUUGGUUUCCGUGAACAGAGUGUCUUCCCGGAGCUAAGUUAUGAUGCCCUUGGUAAGCCAAGAGGGAUGGAUGUUUGCAUAACAACAACAGCUGAGACAGAUAAAGAGGCACACAGAUUGUUGGCCCUCAUGGGUAUGCCAUUUAGAGAAGGUGCACUUGGACAGACAUCAGUUGGGCGAAAGAAAAAGCUUAGAGCUCAUCACUUUGACUCAAAGGCGAAGCAAAGAUCUAGGAGAUGAGGCUGAUCCAUUCUCCAGGGAUACUGAGUUGAUUUGUUGUACUUUUUUGCUUUUCCAAGUUUAUCGGUUGUUUUUAGCGGACAAUUGGAAUAGAAAAAUCUGUAAUUGCACAGUUACUAUCUGGUUGCUGAUAUUUUGAAGAUACCUUAUUUACGUUUUCCUCAAAAACAAAAGUAUUGUUGUUAUAUCUUGUUUUAAGUUUGUUACUUCAUGAA